AAUAACUCCUAAUCAUAUAGACUGGACACAAUGCAUUCAGUGUACCAUUAAGGUCAUCAUUGCUACUGGAACAUGGAUACUCCUGUGGACAUUGGUACCAUCAAGGUCAUCAUUGCUACUGGAACAUGGAUACUCCUGUGGACAUUGGUACCAUCAAGGUCAUUGCUACUGGAACAUGGAUACUCCUGUGGACAUUGGUACCAUCAAGGUCAUCAUUGCUACUGGAACAUGGGUACUCCUGUGCACAUUGGUACCAUCAAGGUCAUUGCUACUGGAACAUGGAUACUCCUGUGGACAUUGGCACCAUCAAGGUCAUUGCUACUGGAACAUGGAUACUCCUGUGGACAUUGGUACCAUCAAGGUCAUCAUUGCUACUGGAAUGUGAAUACUCCUGUGGACAUUGGUACCAUCCAGGUCAUUGCUACUGGAACAUGGGUACUCCUGUGGACAUUGGUACCAUCAAGGUCAUUGCUAUUGGAACAUGGGUACUCCUGUGGACAUUGGUACCAUCAAGGUCAUUGCUUCUGGAACAUGGGUACUCCUGUGGACAUUGGUACCAUCAAGGGCAUUGCUACUGGAACAUGGAUACUCCUGUGGACAUUGGUACCAUCAAGGUCAUCAUUGCUACUGGAACAUGGAUACUCCUGUGGACAUUGGUACCAUCAAGGUCAUUGCUACUGGAACAUGGAUACUCCUGUGGACAUUAGUACCAUCAAGGUCAUCAUUGCUACUGGAACAUGGGUACUCCUGUGGACAUUGGUAAUAUCAAGGUCAUUGCUACUAGAACAUGGGUACUCCUGUGGACAUUGGUACCAUCAAGGUCAUUGCUACUGGAACAUGGAUACUCCUGUGGACAUUGGUACCAUCAAGGUCAUUGCUACUGGAUCAUGGGUACUCCUGUGGACAUUGGUACCAUCAAGGUCAUCAUUGCUACUGGAACAUGGAUACUCCUGUGGACAUUGGUACCAUAAAGAUCUUCAGGGCUACUGGAAUGUGAAUACUUCUGUAGACAUUGUUCCACCAUGAUGUUUGACUUGUACUUGUACUUGUCUAUAAACAAGAAAAAAGACUAAACAAGUUAGGGACUACAUCACAAGUUGUAGCUUUGAGGCGUAUAGAUCUGCGUACAAGUGCGUCCGAGGACUUUACAAGACGUUGCUGAUCCCAUGGUACAAGCAUUAUCUCAACCAACCAAUAGAAAAAAAUUAGCAUUACAAUGCUAAUAAGACAUUUAUUUAAGGUCACUCUGUGAUAGGUAUGAGAGAUGUGUUAACUUGUGAAAGUACAAUGAUUCUGUAUGCAAGAUGUAUAUAAGAAGAAUUAUGAAGUGGGGAUUGAUUGCUGCCACCAGGAUCACACAUGGCAAUGAGUGGAUCAGUUGGCUAUGGGAAAGAUAACUGUUCCUUGUGUUGGCUAUGGUAAAAGAUUUAAUUUAGAACAAAAUGAUUUUACAUUUACAAUUCUGGUAAUUCUUGUGGGAUGUGAAAGACACGAGAAAUGUGUUACUGUGAAACAGUACAGUACUAUUAACAGAUGGUUGAUUGCUAGACAACCCAGGGCAAUAAGAUGCUACCCGGUAAUUAAGUGGCGUCUCCUUGCUUGGUGCUAACUAGUAUCCCUGUGCCCUUGCAAUGUCAAAGCCACUGGCAUUCUCUCUGCAAAGUUAGGCAAGCCAUUUUCGAAUGAUUUUGGGUUCACAAUGAUUUUGUCGGCACCAGUGUCAAACUGAACUGGGAAGAAUGUGAAUAAUCUGGAGAGGAUACGUUCUGGUCUUAGAUGCGAGUCAGAUGAUGGUUCUUGUUACUGAUCUGUUGUUAAUUCCCUGCAACUGUUACCAUGAUUACACACAGCACUGUUAGAGGAAGUAGUUAUACUGAAGUGUAUGAUUGACCUAUCAGUAUCACCAGUCUGUCAGCGAGUGAGUUGGGUUUCACAUCGCUUUUAUUCCAGCAGAAAUGGAUUGAACACAUGUCCAGAUUCACAGGGUCUGGACUGGCUUUCACUGUAGACUGAAGACCACAAAGCUUCUUAUCUCUUUGACUGUCAUAAGUACAUGUAUUUUGAAAUAUGGGAGGAGUUGCACAGGAAUCUACUUAGACAUUCUCAGAGGUGAUAGCUUUGCAUGUGUGACUUGAUUGUUUUUCCUUGCAAAGGUCACUUAAAUCAAGGGCCCAAUGAAGGUGGCUGGACAUUGCAUUAUUAGGUGGUUUGAAAGGUGCCACAAUGCUGUCAGAUUUUACAUGAUUUGUGAAUUGUGGGUAUGUUUUUUACACUUGCAGACAGGGCCUAAUGCAAGUGUAUACAGUAAACUAUGUUUAUGAUGAAUGCGCUUAUAUGAAAUGACAAAUAUGACGAACUUAUUUUUUAGUCCCGGCCAUUUGUUGUAUAUAUGCUGUACAUGUUUUUAUUACGAACUAAAAUUAGUGGUCCCUUUGAGUUCAUUAUAACCAUAGUUUACUGUUUAUUUGUUAACAUAUCUAUAUUAAUCCGUCCGUUGGAAUACCAAUCACAAGUUUCAACACAUCUUCAGCUUACUGUGUGUGUGACACUUUUGUCCAAAAUUGCUUCUUAGGAAACAAAUUCCUUAUUGAAUAUUGUUUUGUUUCCUAUCAUACCUUCAAUGCAGAAUGUGCUAUUCAACUGACCUAGUUGACUUCUUGUAUUCAUCUAGUAUUCUUGUAUUGAUCAUGAUGUUAGUGCUUAGCGUCUCACAGAGAUAAAAUGCAGGCCGCCAUGUGCACAAGGCUUAGAAUGGCGUGCUUGUAUGACAUGCAGUUUGGUCCAGUGGUUGCUGGUUAGGGGCGCUUGAUAUGGUAGUACUUAAAGUAUGAAUUUAAAACUGGGGGGAAUAUUAUGGUCGUCUUCAAACAUGUCACAAGGAGCAAACAAUUCUAAUGCCAAGUGAGUUUCAGUGUUUGGAUUGUUGCAAGAUGUUGCACUACCUGUAGAAAUGUACACGUGAGUAUUAUCUACCCCACUCUCAGUACCGAGUAGUUUGUUGUCGAACUGAGCAAUCGGUGCCAAGUGAUAUCGGGAGCAACGUUCCAUAUCACUUGGAAACAACGACACACAUAAACACAAGUCCUGGAUGAUGACCACCGGAUCCAUGACGUCCUCUCAUGACAAGCACAGGUUUACUGCAGGAGUAGGGAGGACGGAGAGUGAACUUCUGUCUUGUAGUUGCGCCAGUCUCCAGCUUGACAAGCCAGGCACUCCCAGAUCAGUCCUGGUACACACAAACCAAGUACCUGUAACAGCAACUUUACACCAUUUCUUAUUUGCGUUUGUCCAGUAAGUAAGUGAUUUCUUUCUGUAUCAUAUUUGAAGCUGUCAUCAAAAUCAUCACAGAUGGUGUCACAAUUGAACAGAUGUGUCAUCUAACUUUCAUAGGAUCUUAGAACAUGGCCAGAGACUAAUCAGAAAGCUAGAUUAUUUAAUGAGUAAUAAUAGAUUUCAUAGUAAUAUAAUUCUUAGUUGAGUGUCAUGUAUGGACUUGAAGAUGUGGAAGUGCACAUCUGUAAAUGGGUAUUCUGCCAAGCUGUAUUACUUGUAAGGUCUUUGUUUCUUAUUCUCAUAUGUACAUUCUCCUAUCAUGUAAUUUUAUUGUGUACAUAAUUUGUAUAAUUACAUCUGACAUGUACAUAUGUAGACAUGUAUCAAUAAAAUAUACAUUUCCAUUCU